AUGGCAUCCUCGUCCUCCCAACCUGUUUACCGGGCCACUACCACCGCCCCGGUGAACAUUGCUGUCAUUAAGUACUGGGGCAAGCGGGAUGUCACUCUCAACUUGCCUACCAAUUCUUCGCUCUCUGUCACCCUCUCUCAGCGCUCUCUUCGCACCCUGACCACCGCCUCCUGCUCUGCCAACUACCCGACUGCAGACACCCUCAGCCUUAACGGCAAGCCCCAGGAUAUUCAAUCCUCAAAGCGGACUCUCGCCUGUCUCUCCAAUCUGCGUGCUCUCCGCCAGGCUAUUGAAGAUGCCGAUUCAUCGCUCUCCAAACUCUCCGCUCUGCCUCUCCGGAUCGUUUCCGAGAACAACUUCCCCACUGCAGCCGGUCUUGCCAGCUCGGCCGCCGGCUUUGCUGCCCUGGUGCGUGCAGUGGCGAACCUUUACCAGCUGCCACAAUCCCCGCGGGAUCUGAGUCGGAUUGCUCGUCAAGGCUCCGGCUCGGCUUGCCGUUCUCUCAUGGGCGGCUAUGUCGCCUGGCGCACAGGUGAGCUGGCUGACGGCAGCGACAGCCUGGCGGAGGAAGUCGCACCCGCAUCGCACUGGCCGGAGAUGCGUGCCUUGGUUCUGGUUGUAAGCGCCGAGAAGAAGGAUGUUCCCAGCACGGAGGGUAUGCAAACCACUGUUGAAACCUCGAGUCUGUUCGCGACGCGGGCCCAGGCCGUUGUCCCCGAGCGCAUGACCGCCAUUGAAGAGGCUAUCCAGAACCGGGACUUCCCUCGAUUUGCCGAGAUCACCAUGCGGGACUCUAACACCUUCCACGCCACGUGCUUAGACUCGUGGCCCCCGAUCUUCUACAUGAAUGACGUCUCGCGUGCUGCUGUCCGUCUCGUGCACGACAUCAACCGGGCAGUAGGCCGGACUGUCUGUGCUUACACCUUUGACGCCGGUCCAAAUGCCGUGAUCUACUACGAGGAGAAGGACUCAGCUCUUGUUGCUGGCACCGUCAAGGCCAUUCUGGGCGCGGAUACUGAGGGCUGGGAUGGCCCCUUCAACGAGAGUGUGGCCAAUGUCACUGCUCCCGGUGUUGCUUUGGAUCAAGUUGACUCUCGCAUCCUGAAUGUCCUCAAGGAUGGCGUAAGCCGUGUCAUCUUGACCGGUGUUGGCGAGGGCCCCAUCAGCGUGAAGGAGCAUCUGGUCACUGAGACGGGUGAGGCCAUCAUCCACUAG